CCAGUUAGUAGAUAGUCCAGUGCCAGUGUCAUGUCUCUGUUGCAGCAAGCUCUUGUCGUAGCUUCCGUCGCUCUGGUAGUGGCUGCUGCCCCCGCCGCCGUCUCCAAGCUGCCGAAGGACUUCAAACGCUGCAAGAAACAUGACCCAAAAAUGAACGAGUGUCUGAAAGAAGCCAUUCAAAAUGCACUCGUCUCACUUACAAAAGGUGUGCCUGCCCUGGGAGUACUGACAAUUGAUCCUCUAAGAGUCACUCAUCUGCUGAUAGACCAAGGCACAGGCCCAGUCAGCAUUAAACUGGACUUCAACGAGUUAGACAUCCAUGGUCUCGGCUCAGCUAGGAUAGAUCGAGUCAAGGUUGAUUGGGACAAGUAUACCAUCGAGGUGGAUGCCACGGUGUUGGAGCCAGUUAUCCUGGAUGGCCAGUACAAAAUCAACGGCAAGGUGCUGAUACUGCCUAUACAGGGGAAUGGACAUAGCAAUCUAACUCUAGAAAAUGUGAAAGCCAAGAUUCUGAUACUUGGUAAAUCAAUGAAGAAGAAUGGACAAGAACACAUGGAUGUAGAUAAGUUUAAUCUUCACUUCACCACCAAGAAACUGCACAUGAACUUGGAAAACUUGUUCAAUGGGGACAAAGCUCUGGGUGAUAACAUGAACAUUUUCUUGAAUGAGAACUGGCAGGACAUCUUGAAAGAGUUGCAACCAUCGAUUGAGGAAGCGCUGGGUCAGACUUUCAAAGCUAUUGCCAACCGAAUCUUCCACAAAGUUCCCAUGAACCAGAUCACGCUACCAGACUAACUUUUUAUUGUUUUGGUUAAAUUAUUGUUAUCUAUUUAUAGGCACACUGUAGAUAUUUAUUAUUUAAUCACCUAUAGGUUAAAAUUUAUUUGUAGCAGUCACAAAUAAAUAUUUUUUUUACA